CACUCACCUGUACAGAGACGUCAGAUCGCUCGCAUCUCUCUCCAAUCCUGUCGAGGCGGUCCCCCGAAUCCUGCAAAAGAGCACCUUGACAACCACGUGACCUCGACCUUCACUCUGUCAAAAUGGCGGCUUCAAUCUUCAAAGAUGUGGAAAUGGCACCGGCGAUCGAGGUUUUUCAACUUACCAGACGAUACAACGAAGACACAUUUCCACAGAAAGUAAAUCUCGGAGUUGGAGCAUACCGAACGGAUGACGGUAAACCAUGGGUCCUGCCAGUAGUGAAUGCAGCAGAGACUCAGAUGGUCAGUGAUGCUCUGAACCAUGAAUACUUACCAGUGGCUGGUCUCCCCGCUUUCCGCAAUGCUGCCAUCAAGCUGAUUCUUGGAGAGGACAGUCCUGCUAUAGCAGAGAACAGGGUGGAAGGCAUACAGUGUCUGGGAGGGACUGGAUGUAUACGCUUGUGCGCAGAAUUCCUCAAGAAGAUUUUCAAGUAUGACACUGUCUAUGUGUCAAAACCUACAUGGGGGAACCACAGGAAUAUCUUCAAGCAUGCCAACUUCUCCAACAUCAAGGAGUACCGCUACUGGGACGCCAAGACUCGAGGUCUGGACUUCGAGGGCAUGCUGGAGGACCUGAAUGGUGCCCCAGAGAAUUCGGCUGUGAUCCUGCACGCUGUUGCACACAACCCUACCGGCGUCGACCCCACGGAGGAACAGUGGAAGGCCAUCGCUGAUGUCUGUGAGGCCAAGAAGAUCUUCGUGCUGAUGGACAAUGCCUACCAGGGUUUUGCCACCGGGGAUCUGGACCGGGAUGCAUUUGCUGCACGCUACUUUGUUUCACGGGGCUUCGAGUUCUUCAUUGCUCAGUCUUUCUCAAAGAACUUCGGGCUGUACAAUGAGCGUACAGGUAACUUGUGUAUUGUGGCCAAGUCCUCCGAGGUCAUCAGCCAGGUGAGGUCGCAGUGCGAGAUCCUUGUCAGAACCAUGUGGUCCAACCCCCCCAACCAUGGCGGUCGAGUCGUUGCGACUGUCCUCAACAACAAGUCUUCAUACGCUGAAUGGAAGGACCAGGUAAAGACGAUGGCUGACCGCAUCCAGAUGAUGAGGAAGCUGAUGUUCGAGAAGCUCCGGGCCAAAGGGACUCCUGGUACAUGGGAUCACAUCAUUAAGCAGAUUGGCAUGUUCUGCUACACUGGGCUCAAUGUUGAUCAGGUGGGACAUCUCCUUAGCAAGUAUCACAUCUACCUCCUAAAGGAGGGCCGCAUCAACAUGUGUGCCAUCACAACCAAGAACGUUGACUACGUUGUAGAAGCCAUACACGACGCUGUAACCAACGUUUGAAAUCAAGAGUGUGUCCAGUAAAACUAGUAGCCGUCAUUUUUCUUUCCAGCUGCCCAAGUUGAACAUCUUAUCAACAAGUUUCACAUUUAUCUAACGUCAGAAGGGCGAAUCAACGUGUGUGGACUGACCACGAGCAAUAUGGACUAUGUUACGUCCGCGAUUGCUGAUACAAUGAUCACAGUCCCUUCCAAGUUGUAGAGGUAGUGCCUGCUGCCAUUGUUAUUAACCAGAUGCUGGUCUAACAGUAAUAUAUUCCUGUUACAGUCAAUCCCCAGUGAUAUAAUUGUGAUAUUUGACAAUGUGGAUUUAUAAUUCCUCCUAUGUUAACCUGUUACACAGACAUGUUUCUCAGUUCUAUGACAAAUGUGUGGAUAGAUUUUGUAGCAGUUUACAGAUUUGUUAUUCAGAUUAUUAUUUGUAAAUAUUAUAACUACAUCAUGAAAAAGAGUAUUUACUUGUUUGCUCAAAUAGAUACAACUAUUGUCAUGUUAGCCAGGCCAAGCAAAUAUGUUUAUUUUAUAUAUACAUUUUCGGUCAGAAACUACAGAAUAUUAGUAAGAGGAACUUCUUACAAAUAUCUUAAAAUUAAGGCUUUAAACAAAUACAAACCCAUUUCUUUACCAAAGAGCAUAUUUUUAACCAAAGUGACUCACUUUUAGCAUUUCCGAUUACCAACCCAAAUAGAUUCAAUAAGUCUAAAACUAUAGUGGGUAUUGGUGGUCCAGUCAUCUAUUAAAGUGCUGACAGUGACUAUGCAGAGUUGCUUCCCUUAGGCUUGCUAGAAACCUAUGAUCUUGGAAUCGGAACCCGGUUUGACAUGAUUAUGUUCUAGGUUUUUCAGCACCAUAGCUGUGCUCGGGGGUUUCUCUAAAUUUGUAAAGGUGUGCCUUGAAUAAUUUCGGACUUUCUAUUGACAUUUAGUUGACACGCAUGAUGUAACUGAGAUACUGUUCAAACAGCUUUAAACCAAAGACGUAUAUAGAAUAAUAUUGUAUAUACGUCCAUGUUUAAACCAAACUCUCGAUACACACUAAAACUAAAGGAUCUUGAAUAUUGAGUCAUCCUUGCUUUAGUGCUGACACAAACUGAUUUUAUUUAAAUCGAAACAUUUGUGAGGAUGAAUUACAUUUGCAUGCAGCUGUGUACCUUCAAGGUUGGUGUGGAAACAUUAUUGUUCGUUUUAUUUGUUUUAAAUUCAACAGUAAAGACCAAAUGAAUAGAGACCAAGCACACAUUUUGUCCUGAUUUGUCAUCACUGAGUUGAAACAUGUUAAUAUUAUUGAACUACUUACAAUAUUUGAUCCAAUAAGAUUUUGCUGAUCAAAGUCAAGCAGAUAACUCAAAAGUAAGGGAGAUAACUGUCAGGUUUAAUUGUCUAUUCAGACUUUGCUUGGCUUCAUAAAUCAACUGCUAUUAGCUGUAAUAGGUAUCCAUAGGUGGGUGUUUCUAUGAAGUACAUUUAUAUGGUUGGUAUGUGAACGGUUUUAUCUGUCAAAUGUUCUCUUCAUUUCAGAAAUAAUUCCUUUUUAUCAGUUGAACAAGAAUUACGAUCAUGAUAACUGGUGCCUAUGUAGGCACAUCUUGAAUGUAUUGAUGUAUAUUCUGUAGAUCAGAUACCCCUGUAUGCUGGCCAAAUUUCUAUCACAGGUACAGUCAGAAACACAUGGAGAUGACCUAAUAUGUCAAUCUGUCUUUUGUUUGAAAUAUAUUUUGUACAGUAAAAUAUGAAAGUGACUUUGCAGGUAAAAAUGUCCUCCACUAUAUUGACAUUAAUACUCAAUUUCAUGCUACAAAUGUCAUGUUAAGUGGUAUAAGGCUAUUUCUAUAAGUUUCUGACAGGGUUUGUGUGUGCUAAGAUUGACUACUUAAAAGUGUUCACAGUUAUAAGCCUGUUUGUCUUCACACUGUCCUAUUAACUAGAGUGAUUUGUCUUUCUUCAUCGCAGCAGUUUGUGUUGCUUUUGUAUUGGUAUGACAACGUAUGAAAUUGCAUGAGACUCACCUGGAAGUUGAAAUUUGAUUAUGAUUUGAUUGUGAUUAGAUUUGGCACCUGGUCCUGCCAGUCCGUCGAGCUUGUCAGAGAUCACAGGUGACCCCUUCAGUGUCAUUGUUUUGACGCUUUCAUCUAACCACGACUGUUGGCAAUAUUGGUCAAAAGUGCAACAAAGCACACAUUUGUAGCAGGUAAUUACAACUGGUACCUUAUCGCAAAAUUGUGACAACAGAAAAUCUGAAACAUUGAUAUGAGUGGUAAAUAAAAAUUUACAACAGGAAGUGAUCAAUCCUGAAAGGUCUCAUAGGGAGGAGGAUGCGGACAUACUCAUGUUGCUGCUUGUUGAAGUAAUACGUUUCACAAAAGAGACAUUGGUAGAAUAGCAGUCCUUCUGCAUGGAACUUAGAAUUUUAGUGUUCUUUGGAUCAUGUAAAGUACUUGAUAAAGAUUUAGUGUUUGUUAUUGUAGUAUGCAUGGUGAGUUAAGCCAUUUAUGUAGGAACCAAAUAUUUACAUAUAUCUGUUUGUGAUGAUGGACUGUUACAAUAAUAUAUGAACAUCAUUAAAUGAGACUCUCACAUGUG